UGACUGGGUUGGGGCGGGCCCUGUGAGGGCCGGAGGCUAGAGCCCUCAGCAGGCUCCUCUAGGGAGUUCUGGGUUCCCGCCCGUCCGCGCAUCAGGUGACCUACAAGAUGGCGGCGCUCAGGCGGGACCCUGGAGUAGACCUGAAGGAUGCAAGGAUGGUGCCCGGGGGAGCUGAAGAAGCUCACGAGGGGAUGAAGACAGCAACAUUUGCACACACUCAACUCAGUCCUUCUCUAAGAGAUGCAAAAUUCAGAAUGAUCAUUGAAAACAUAGAAAAAAAAUUUGAGUAUCUUCGAAGAGACAAGGCUUUCCUACCUGGACCAGUAUUCUUUGCAGCAUCAGCUAGUCUCUCUGGAAUAUUGGCAAACUUUAUUUUGAGACACUGCUUCAAAGUUAAACAUGAUGUUUUGAAGACAUAUGCAUCAUUAACUGCUCUUCCAUUUUUGUCUACCAUAGUUACUUAUAAGUUCUUUGUAACUGAUGCUUUGUAUUCAGAUCAUAUAAGCAAGGAAAAUUGUGUCCUGAGAAGUUCACUAGUUGGCCUAGUGUGUGGUGUUUUAUAUCCCAGUGGUUUGGCUUUUUCUAAAAAUGGACGCUUAGCAGUCAAGUAUCAUACUGUUCCACUGCCACCAAAAGGAAGGGUUUUCCUUCAUUGGCUCCUGCUUUGUCAAACACAAAUAAAAGCAAUGGUAAUUCCUAUAAUACUUCUGACACAAUUUGGAAUACUUAAUGGCCUACAGCAGUAUGCAAUAUAUGAAAAUACAUAUAAGAAAACUGUACCUGAAGAUUGAAGAAUCUGUGGACACUAAUUCAACAGUAUAUGUUUAUAUGAUGAGGACUGACACAUUGCUGAAACAGUAAAAAUAUUUUGCCUGGUAUGUAGCAGAUAAUAAAUAGUAAUUUAAUAAAUACAAAUGCUAAACAAAUACAAA